AUGCUUAAAAUUCUCUUACAAGGAGACAGCUACACAGCAAAGGGCGACUCUGCCCGGAUUCUCAGAGAAGUGCUCAACGAGAAGGGAGAAGGAAACAUAACAAUAACAUGCGACACUUUUUACAAGGCCAUUCCCGUGAUAAUAAACGAGUACAAAGAAACCCUGCAGGAGUACACCGUAAUAAAUAAUGAAGAAGUAAAAAUAAAAGAAGGAUCUCCUGGAAACUGGUCUGAUUAUUUAGACAUUUUAGUAAACAACCAAGAAAUAACAAGGAUAGGAAGCGUACUCCUCGAAAAUAGUUACACUUUGAAUAUAACAGUCGCAUCUGUCUCUACCGUAGACAAAGAGGCUAGUAUAUACACGUUCGCAGACAACGAACUGUUUACAAACCUGGCACAGCUCAUCCACCAGCAGAACAUUAAAGAAAUAAUAUAUACCGACAGCGCAUUUACAAAGGUGUUCACGGCUCUUGGCAUUAUCCACUACAAAAUUGCAAAAAAAUCAUCUUCUUCUGUGCUGGAUCUUCUUGAGGCCCAUUUGAACAUAAAUACAGCGAACUAUGUGGUAAAGAAUGAGUCUCUGGUAAAUACACUGAGAAUGGACGACAAAGCAGCAGAGUCUCUGCUGGGGGGAGAAAUAAAAAUAGAGGAUGAAAUAAACUGCAGCACGCCCCAGGGCAAAAGACUGCUUCAAAUGUUCCUGCGCUCGCCCACCACAGAGGUUGAAGAGAUAGAAAGAAGACAGUCUAUCAUAACAGAAAUACUGCAAAAUACACACAACAUUUUCCAGUUUAGGAAAGUAAUAAAAUCAGCACCUGAUGUAUACACAAUCUGCAAAAAACAGGCCCCCACUAUCUCCAUCCAGAGCGCAGUAAAGCUCCACAAAUUCAUACUCUCCAUCUCCCACAUUUCAAGCUCUCUGCAGGACAUACGGUCUCUCGCGCACGAGGUGCAGAUAAUGCAGGAUGCCUUGGCAUAUACACAGAGUCUAAAGGAAGAAAUAGAAGAGAUUGUAGACAUGUCCACACAGGAAAUAAAAGAAACCUCAUCAGAAAAACUAAAAAUACUGUCAGGCCUUUUGAGACAGCAAGAGCAGGAGCUAUUCGCAGAGUAUACCGAAGAAAUAAAAAAAAGUUCGCUGGAAAAGGCAAAGCCAAAGCUGGAAAACACAAGCAUGCAUGGAUACUGCAUAAGAAUACCAAGAAUCGAAGAAGGAAGGCUUACGUCGCAGAUUAAGAUUGCAGUCCAAAAGUCAGGUGUGCUAUUUACAACCGAGUCCAUAAAAAGAAUAAACCACAAGAUACAAAGCACAAAAAGAGACAUACAUGUAGAGCACUCGGUGGUUCUUAGAAUGCUUGCUGACUCAUUUAUGCUGUACAGGGGAUGGCUGGAAAUAAUGAACCACACCGUAGCAACCUGUGAUGUAUUUUGCAGUCUAGCAGACUAUGCGAACAGCAACGAAUUUGUGUGCCCCAUGUUUUCUAAAGACGGAAAGUACAAAAUAUCUAACAUGAUGCAUCCCCUGCUUCCUGUUCUAUACAGAAGAAAGAUGCUGCAGAACAUCAAGCAUGUCCAAGAGCCUGUAAGAAACAGUCUGGAAAUAUCUCGAGAAAAAAGAGUGUGCAUAAUCACGGGAGCAAACAUGGGAGGGAAGACCACCUUUCUCAAAAGCGUAGGUGUUGUCUCCAUACUUGCGCAGAUAGGCUCGUAUGUUCCCGCUGACUAUGCGCACAUUCCCAUCUUCACACAGAUAUUUAUACGCAUGGGGGCCUCUGAUAAUGCAGAAAAAGGAAUGAGCACAUUUAUGGCUGAAAUGGUCGAUGUAUCCAAUAUUCUAAACCAGGCAACCGAACACUCUCUUGUCAUCAUCGAUGAGCUUGGCAGAGGAACAAGCGAUGAAGACGGAUUUGCAAUUGCAGCAGCAACUGUAGAGCAUCUUAUAAGGAUAAACGCAGUGACGCUUUUUGCAACGCACUUCCACGAACUGGCAGACACUCCAGGAGUGGAGAAUAAAAAAGUGGGAGGAAUAGCAAAGAACAACCGUGUGGUAAUGACGUACAAAAUGGAGGAUGGAAAAGCAGACUCGUCGCAUGGAAUAAACACGGCGCAGGUAAUGGGGUUCCCCAAGGAAGUCAUCUCGAGAGCAGAAGAGGCAUUGAAAGAAAGCGCCAAAGAGAACAAUAAAGAAUAA